AUGUCGAGCGAGGAGGAGAAGCGGCAGCUGUACAAUCGGCAGAUGUACGUCGUGGGCACCGAGACGCAGGCGAAGUACGGCACGACAGAUGUUCUCGUUGUCGGCGCCUGCGGACUCGGUGCGGAGAUCGUCAAGAACCUCGCGCUCACCGGCGUGCGCUCCAUUAAAGUCUUGGACGGCGGUGCCGCCACGCUGCAGGACCUCGGCACCAACUUCUUCCUCACACCACAAGAUGUCGGCCAGCCACGCGCAGACACAGUGGCCCGCAAGGCGCAGGAGCUCAACCGCUUCGUGGAGGUCACCGCUGUCACGGCGCCGCUGCACGAAGUCAUUUCCACCGUGCACGUGGUGGUGUUUGCCAACCAGCGCACCACGGCACUGCUCGCCGAGAACGCGCUCGCGCGGAAGCACGAUGUGAAGUUCGUGGCGUGUGAGAACCGCGGCGUCGCGGGUUGCGUCUUCGUUGACGCGGGCCCCUCCUUCGCGGUGCUUGACCCCGACGGCGAGGAGACAGUGGCGUGCGUCGUGACGAGCAUCUCCCCCGAUGGCAUGGUGACGCUGCACGAGGACAAGAAGCACGAGUGCGAGGUGGGCAGUCACAUCUACUUCACCGGCGUCGUGGCACCUACCACGGUGAACUCCGUCGUCGACGCGGCGGCGCUGCACGGCGGCCACCACAGCACCGCAGCCGCAACAGCGGCGUCGUCGUCGUCACUGAAGCUGUUCGAGGUGGCGGAGGUGAUUUCGCCAUUCAUUCUUCGUCUGAAAGACUUCGACACAGCGGUGGGGCACGGCGCGAUCGAUGUUGGCACCAGCUCCUACCUGCACACGACGAAGCGGCAGAUGUUGAUGGGCUUCAAGGACCUGGAGGCAAGUCUCGCCGAGCCGGAGUUUCUCAACGUGUUCGACAGCGAGGAGAAACUCACGGCGCCAGCCACAAUACACGCGCUGUUCCGCGCCGUACACGACCACGGCAAGCCCCCGGCCACCCCCAGAGAGGUGGACGCUGUGCUGCGGGCAGCAGAGGCGUACUGCAGCUGCCAUGCCGUUUUUGAUGUCAACACUGCCAAGCGGCUCCUCUCCGUCUUUCAUGGUAGCCUCAACCCAAUGGCGUGCUUCGUUGGCGGCCUCGCCUCACAGGAGGUGCUGAAGGUGUGCAGCGGUAAAUUCACGCCACUGCACCAGUGGCUGUACUACGACGCGCGAGAGCUACUUGUGGCGCGGGGCGACGUGAGUGACGCUGAGCUUCACCCGUCACCCAGCAGCGGCAGUCGCUAUGACGGGCAGAUCGCCGUCCUCGGCCCCGCAUUCCAGUCGUAUCUGUCAAAACAGCGGGCCUUUAUUGUCGGUGCCGGUGCGCUUGGCUGCGAGCAUAUCAAGAACGCUGCAUGCAUGGGAUUCGGUGGUGUCUCCAUCACUGACAUGGAUACGAUUGAGAUGAGCAAUCUCUCUCGUCAGUUCCUCUUCCGCAACAGCCACAUUGGGCAGCAGAAGUCAACCGUGGCGGGCGAGGCAGCGAGAGCGAUCAACGGCAACAUGCAAGUGAUGUCAUUUGUCGAGAAGGUUGCCCCAGAGACGGAAGGCAUAUUCAACGAGGCGUUCUGGGACUCCCAUGCGGUUGUUCUCAAUGCACUCGACAAUGUUGAAAGCCGCAAGUACGUCGAUUCCCGAUGCCUCUUCUACAAGAGGGCACUGUUUGAGAGUGGUACGUUGGGCACCAAGUGCAACGUGCAGUGUGUCAUCCCCUACUGUACAGAGAGCUACAGCAGCAGCUACGACCCACCGGAAAAGGCGAUUCCGCUUUGCACGCUAAAGAACUUUCCGAGCGCCAUUGAACACACGAUUCAGUGGGCACGAGACAACUUCCAGGCGCUUUUCACCAGCACGCCCAGCGACGUCAACGAGUACCUGGAAGACCCCACAACCUUUGCAGCAAACCUCGAGCGUGACCCUGCCACGAAGCCCAUUGUUUUCAAAGCGGUGCGAGACGCGCUGAUGCGGUGGCCAGCAGAUGCAGCCGAUUGUGUGCGUAUAGCACGCAUGCUGUACCACGAGUACUUUAACGACACAUUUCGGCAGCUGUUGCACAACAUCCCGGUUGACAAGCGCAAUCCCAAUGGUGAGCUCUUCUGGAGUGGUGCAAAGAAACCACCAGCGCCGCAGAUAUUCAACCCUGACUCCGAGGUGAGUCUGUCGUUUGUGUACCACUGCGCCCACCUGCUUGCAUGCGUCUACGGCCUACCGUCGUUCACACUGUCAGAAGAGGAGGUGGCAAAGGUGGCGCAGCAGACCGCCGUUCCAGAAUUCGUGCCGCGUCAGGCCUUCUUUGCAACCAGUGAAAAUGAAAAGGAGGAUCCGAUGGCGCAACUUGUCGGCGACAUUGGCUUGCAGGACCUGCCGCCACCGAGCAGGUUCAACGGCCGCCGCAUGUCCCCCCAGACAUUUGAGAAGGAUGACCCGACAAACCACCACGUGGAGUACAUUGCAGCGUGCUCCAACAUGCGUGCAGUCGCCUACAGCAUUCCACCAGCGGACGUGCACCGCACAAGGCGCAUCGCCGGCAACAUCAUCCCCGCGAUGGUGACCACCACCGCACUCGUGACGGGGUUGGUUGGGCUCGAGGUGCUUAAGUACCUCCUCGUCACGCAGCGCCGACAGGCCAGCGGGCAUGCCACCAACACCGCACCACCACCGGAGGAGUUGCAGCGACAACUCAGCACCUAUCGCAACGCGUUUGUAAACAUCGCGCUGCCCUUCGUGGCCUUCUCCGACCCCAUCAUGGCGCCCGGCAUGACGUACCCGCUGCCGGACGGCAAUUUUGUCCGCUGGGAUAUUUGGGAUCGCAUCGACGUGAAUGAGGGGCGCGAUUUGACGGUGCAGGAGCUUGUGUCGCUUCUUGAAUUCCGCUAUCAGGUGGAUCUCUUUAUCAUUGCACUCGCCACUGGGAAAAUGAUUUACUCGCAAUUCGGUAAGUCGAAGGACAACAGCAAGCCCGUGUCGGUUGUGGUGCGCGAGAAGGGCGAGGAGCUGCGGGACGGGGAGGACUGCUGCUGCCUGGUUGCGACGGGAAGCAUUGGCGACGUGGACGCCGACAUCCCCGUGAUACGCUACCGAUUCCGCAACUUCUAG